AUGUAUGAUGAAGCAGGCAUGCCGGCUGGAAGCGACGAUCCAGAAAUACAAGAAGAAGGCAGGCAAGAAGGACCCAGCAGCGGCGGCUCGCGCAGCAGGGUGCACGACGUGAAGCUGGAAAUCAACGAGAAAGCCAAGGGCGUUUCCUUGAGCAGCCUCGAGGAACAGACGCCAACCCUGGAUCGCGCCGUGGCCGCAGCCAGGAGCAGAAGGUCGACCGGCGGCAACGUCAUCGUCGUCUCCGUCGGGCCAUACCACCAAUAUGAGUCUCGGUCGUCUUGUCUCAUCACCCGUGAGAAGAAGGAGGCCAUUGUCAACUUCCUUUCUGAACCUAUGUUCGGGCUCGGUAUCGACAAUAUCGUCGAGUGGGCUCGCGCGCGGGGCGAGGAGGCCAAAGCUCGCGGAUGGCACAUGGGCAACAUGGACUCCGAGGAGCCUGCCAAGAUGCUUCGGCGCGACGGCUGUCUUGUGCUCUUCGCUAUCUCCCUGCUGAGGAAGACGAGCGUGCAAGGCCCCACAGGUAGUACCGACCUCGGCAAGCAUUUCGACUACCUGUCGGAAGACAUAUUGAAGCACAAGAAAGAGACCAGGCUGGACCUGCUGUUGCUGGGCAACCAGAUCCCCUUCUGCGUACUAAUCGAUCUUCACACCCGAUUGAAGGAUACCUUGUUCAAAGGGGUUAACGGCACCUUAGAAGAGAUUGCUCUGUCUUGCUUCGACGAUAUUAGGCCCAGCCCCAUCACCAACCCCAGCACUAGGGUUAUUACAGCGCGGCGCCCCGCGAGGUCCCGCAAAAACGAAAUUAAGGCAAAGUUUAGCUGCUGGUUUGGGCGAGGAAAUAUUCUGGGGCUGAACACGGCAGAAGAAAAUUCGUCCCGCGCUGCAACCCUACCCAGCCCCAGCACCAACAGCAACACUAGCCCCAGCACCAACCCCAGCCCGAGCACUUCGUUCCCAGAACCAAUUCAUCACCUCCUACACCUUUUUCACUGGUCCCGGGUACAACCAGGCAAGCACGACCAGGACCCCUCUAAGCACCUGCUGGGCGAACCAGACUCUAACCUCCCCUGUGCGACCUGGUUCGAGGACUCCCGCAUCAGUUUCAGCAAGCAUGCAGCUGCUCCAGAUAUACUGAACAUGGUCUUCCAGAGGAACAUGCUUGGCAUGCGAGGUGUGUUGCGCGUCCCCGCACUGCACAUCCACGGCUACAGCAACCUUGUCUUCCACCACCUCAUUGCCUUCGAGCAGAGCCAUCUCUGCUCGAGCCUCGCAGUCACCACCUACUCCAUCUGCAUGGCCCGGCUGCUGCAGUGCGAGGCCGACGCCAAGUUGCUGAGGAAGAACAGGAUCCUAGCGCAUACACACGAGACCGACGAGAUGAUCGUACGCUUGUUCAGGGAGCUCGCGCAUGAUUUUCGCCACGCGUACUAUUCCAAGGACCUUCUUGACCUCUGCAACGACGUGGAUACUCAUCAUCAUAGCACAGCCGCAAGGGCCAACAGGUUCAUACUGCAGUGUUUCCCUGGGCAGACCGUCACCUUCUUCGUUAUCCUUGGGGCUCUCUUCUCCAUUGCCACGGUCGUCAACGCCAUCUACUCCGUGUAUAGGUUCUCUCAUCCAGCAAAACAGUAA